CGCCCUCGUCCCGACGACGAGCAAGCAGCAAGCAACAAGCAAGGCGGCGCCACGCAAGAGCAGCCACUCAGCCACGCCGCAGCUCGUCUCGCAACACCGCAGCACGCCGCAGCAGCACACGCACACGCGACAUGGCCGAGCCGCGCCGCAGCUCGCGCCAGCGCUCGCUCGUCGAGAUGCUCGCGCCGCCCAAGCGCAAGGCUGGCGACGGCGAUGGCGAGCUCGACGCGCCGGCAGCGCGGAGCAAGCGUGUGACGAUGGGGGUGAAGGCAGAGGACAGCAUCAAGGAUGAAGAGACAUCUGCAGCAGUGAAGCACGAGGACGCCUCUGCGCCGGGCAGCAGCAGCAGACCCGCCCUCGACGCCCCUCUGGUGCCCGUGACGCGGCGCGAGUUCGUCGAGCGCUACCGCGUCGAGGGGCUAGGCGGCGCCGAGGUGUACUACAUGCCCGACUGGAUCGACGAAGCGACGGCAGAGCGCUGGCGCAUCGAGCUUGACGCGCUGCCGCAGUGGUACCGCCCGCAUCUCACGGUGUAUGGACGCACAAUCCAGCAGUCGCGCCACAUCGCCGCCUUCUCGACCACGCCCGGCCUGCCGCUCAAGUAUAGCGGCCAUCCCGUCGAGAUGCACUCGCCCUUCCCGCCGCUGCUUGCCGACAUUGCCGCGCAGCUGGCGACGCCCGAGUGCCUCGGCGCCGACGUGCACUUCAACCACGCCAUGCUCAAUCGCUACGAGGACGGCAGCGUGUACAUUGGCAAGCACAGCGACAAUGUGGAAAAUCAAGUCAUCGUGACCGUCUCACUCGGCGCGCCCCGUCUCUGGAUCAUGCGCGAGCGGGCCCCACGCGGCGCAAAGAAGGACGCUGCUGCCAACGACGAGCUGCUCGAGAAGCGCUGGCGGCUCGCCUCUGGCAGCGUGCUCGUCAUGCAAGGCGACGUACAGCGGCGCUUUACGCAUGAGAUCCCGCGCGAGCCAAAGAAGAGCGCGGGAUGGGAGCGACCGCGCAUCUCCAUCACGUUCCGACAGCUCGUCUAUCCUGAUGCACCGACGAAGCGAUGACGGACCACGCGCGGCUCUCUCCAGUGAUCCGGCACUCUGCACCCUUGUACUUGUAUGCUCUCCAUUCAUUUCAGCUGAUUCC